CAGAGCCGGAAGCCCUUCUCCCUCGCGGUUUCUAGAGGUUCCCCUCCGCAACACCGGCAGGGGCAGUCCGGCGGCUUCUGGGUGUCUGGUGUACGACCUGUCCUUGGCGCCAUGGGUGUGAUAGGUAUACAGCUGGUUGUUACCAUGGUGAUGGCCAGUGUCAUGCAGAAGAUUAUACCUCACUAUUCUCUUGCUCGAUGGCUACUCUGUAAUGGCAGUUUAAGGUGGUAUCAACAUCCUACAGAAGAAGAAUUAAGAAUUCUUGCAGGGAAGCAACAAAAAGGAAAAAGCAGAAAAGACAGGAAAUAUAAUGGUCACAUUGAAAAUAAACCACUAACCAUUCCAAAGGAUAUUGACCUUCAUCUAGAAACAAAAUCAGUUACAGAAGUGGAUACUUUAGCAUUGCAUUACUUUCCAGAAUACCAGUGGUUGGUGGAUUUCACAGUGGCUGCUACAGUUGUGUAUCUAGUAACUGAAGUCUACUACAGUUUUAUGAAGCCUACACAGGAAAUGAAUAUCAGCUUAGUAUGGUGCCUGCUGGUUUUGUCUUUUGCAAUCAAAGUUCUAUUUUCAUUAACUACACACUAUUUUAAAGUAGAAGAUGGUGGUGAAAGAUCAGUUUGUGUCACCUUUGGAUUUUUUUUCUUCGUCAAAGCAAUGGCAGUUUUGAUUAUAACAGAGAAUUAUCUGGAAUUUGGACUUGAAACAGGGUUUACAAAUUUUUCAGACAGUGCCAUGCAGUUUCUUGAAAAGCAAGGUUUAGAAUCUCAGGGUCCUGUUUCAAAACUUACUUUCAAAUUUUUCCUGGCUAUUUUCUGUUCACUCAUUGGGGCUUUUUUGACAUUUCCUGGAUUACGGCUGGCUCAAAUGCAUCUGGAUGCCCUGAAUUUGGCAACAGAAAAAAUUACACAAACAUUACUUCAUAUCAACUUCUUGGCACCUUUAUUUAUGGUUCUACUCUGGGUAAAACCAAUCACCAAAGACUACAUUAUGAACCCACCAUUGGGUAAAGAAAGUGUCCCUUUAAUGACAGAAGCUACAUUUGAUACUCUACGACUUUGGUUAAUAAUCCUGCUGUGUGCUUUGCGAUUGGCCAUGAUGCGUAGUCACCUGCAAGCAUAUUUAAACUUAGCCCAGAAGUGUGUGGAUCAGAUGAAGAAAGAAGCAGGCCGAAUAAGUACAGUUGAGCUACAGAAAAUGGUGGCUCGAGUCUUUUAUUACCUUUGUGUCAUUGCCCUGCAGUAUGUGGCACCUCUGGUAAUGCUGCUUCAUACAACUCUGCUUUUGAAAACACUAGGUAAUCAUUCCUGGGGGAUUUAUCCAGAAUCUGUCUCUACCUUGCCAAUGGAUAAUAGUCUACACUCCAAUUCUGUUUACUCUGAAUUACCAUCUGCUGAUGGGAAGAUGAAGGUAACUGUUACGCAGAUAACAGUGGCACUGAGCAGCUUAAAAAACAUUUUUACUCCACUCCUUUUUCGAGGACUUCUAUCAUUUUUGACAUGGUGGAUUGCUGCUUGCCUCUUUUCUACAAGCCUUUUUGGGCUCUUCUAUCAUCAGUAUCUGACUGUGGCAUGAAUCUCAGUUAACAAAAAAGGGUAUCCAAGUCACACUUUGAAUUAAAAUAUCUGUGCCCUUGAAGGACUGGCAAAAACCAGAAGAAAGCAAAUACAAAGGAAAAAAAAAAAAAACAACCAUAUCAAAGUAUCUUGUUUUAAAUGCUUCCUCUGUAUUCUCAGGGUGAAUUAAUGUUGUAAUAUUUAAAAUCACAGGAUGAAUUGUUAACUAUUACACUGUGUCAUUGGGAUUUUAACUUACUGUAUUAACUAAUGUGAGAGGGCUAUCUGCAGGGGUAAUACUUCUGAUUACCUUGGUUUACAGAAAACCUCCAGCAGUCUUUUAAACUUCUUAUAUGACUUCAGUUACUGAUUGCUCUUAAAUGGUAUUAAGGUACUGUUCAUAGUCCUAGUGGCUGCCUAUAGAACAAUCUUCAAACUGAGCCAUGCUUUAGGGAAGAGAAAAGAACUAAAGUAAUUUCUGUUGGUAAUAUAUUAGUUACUCUUCAAACAACAACAAAAAUCCAACAGAAAGGAGGAGAUAGCUACUGUAUAUUACAGUAAGGAAAGCUGCAUAGUUACUUUAAAUUUAAUGGAGUUGUACAUGCUUGAUAUCUGCAAGUACUGCUGCUUGAGAGUAGCAAAAGUGUUGUUUUAAAUUGUAUUCUACCCAAGUUGAGAGUUCUUUUAAAAUUAUUGGCCAUAUGAACAUUUGCAAUCUUGCGGUUAGGUUUGGGCCUGCCAUAUUUUAUUUUAUUCUGUGAUCCUAGAUAGUUUAUUUUAAUUGUCUAAAAAUAUUUAUCAGUACUGAUCAGACUUAAAAAUUUACUUUGUAAUCCUGCUGACUAUAUGUAUGUAUUGUAUAUAUAUAUAUUAUAUAUUAAAUAUAUAAUAUAUUGAGAUUAUAAAAGAUGAAAAUAUUGGGAUCCUUAUAAUAUUUUAAGUUGCUGAAUGUAUGUUAAAAAGUGAUUUGAAUAAGAUGUAUUUGUAUCUAUAAAUUUUAUUUCUGUUUGGAAUGAGAUUAAAAUACAUUUUGAAAGUUCAGCAGAACAUGCAGUUUAUUUGUUGUGCAUGUGUGAGAGUAUUUAAACUUUUAUGAAUGCUUUUGUUGAUUUCUCCCAAAUUGCAAUUCUUUUUUUGUCUUUCAAAAAUCACAAUCUACUGGUAUCAUUAACUCCAACCAAUUCUACAAGUAUCAUUAAAGCCCUUGUUAAAUAGAACUUAUUUUAAAUUUGUAGUGUCUGGAAUUAGAAAUAUUACAUUUCAUUUUAUAGGCCAGAAAUUGAGGUCAUUUGGACGAAAAUAAUCAAGUGAAAUGAAAAAAAAAAUUGUAAAAUUCCUUUUGAUGCUUUUUACAUCCGAAAUCCAAAAUGAC